GUAUGGAUUAAGCUACAACUUGGUCAAUAAAUUUAUGAAAAUUAGGCAUCUUGAAGAUUUAAUAAUGAAAAUUAUCUGUCAAAAUUAAUAGGACUAAUUGUAAUAACUUUCUUACCGAUAAUGACUAAAUAUUAUUACAAUCAAAGGUUAAUCCUUACCGUCAAUGUCCCAUGGGCCCAAUUUCUUGGGCCUAAGGGAAUUCCCCUUAAAAUGUUACAGUUUGGAUUUGGGAUACUCUGAAAAUCAACCGCAAAAGGCUAAAACCUAUCCCUUUGCGAGCUAGCUUCUCUGGGUUGAAGCUCGAAAGACAACCCAAGGCUGAGCGUCUUUAUCUUCGUCAUACGAAACAAAACGCGUUUUCCGUUUUAGCGGAGAAAAUCAGCAUGAUCAAGGAUUUACAUUAAUGGUCGGAUGUUUCGGAGUUUUUGCUAUCUGGGUACUUGGUAUUUUGGUCGCCCAAAUUGAAACGAUUUAGAAAUUUGUAGGUGAAUCUUAUUUGAUUGAUAGUAAAAAAGUAUAACAUUCGGUUCUGUAUGUUUCUUCUUUCCUUGCGCAGUAGGCAAGAUUAUCAUAAAAAAAACAAAUCAACUUUGGCAUAAUGGUGAUUGCUUCCAGGUUGCUGACAAAUUGUUCAGGUUUGGUUCAUCCAAGUUAUCAUAAGCUAUCUUUCCAGCUUCAGAGAUACCAAAGAACUAGAUGUACUUAUUACAAACCUUAUCCAUCAGUUUUUGAAGAGAUUCCCAGAGGAAGUUUUCUUGGGAAGCCUUAUAUGAGCAGGCAUGUCAUGUCUGUAGGAAGUAAUCGACACCGGUUAAGUUUUGAUGAUGAAUUACCUGAGGAGCCUUUCUGGCUAAGUCUGAUCAGUGACACCAUCUGGGGUGUAAGAUCUUUGUUUGCAUUUCUGGUUGAGCAACCUAGUCAACUGAAAUACAUAGAGUGGCCAAGCUUCCAAAGCACACUGAAGACUGCUACUUUAACUCUUGUUCUUGUAGCCAUGCUCAUUGUUGCUCUAUCAUCAGUUGACUCUGUCCUCUGCUAUGUUUUAGCUUUGUUGCUCAGGAGAACCACAUCAUAAUUGAAUUAUUCUCUCAAAAGAAACACAUUUAGCGUAGUGUAUACAUUCCUUCAAUGCUACAUAUUGUUACCCAUCUGCUUUAAAAUCUGCAGAAGAACUGCAAGUCUAUUGCAAAGGAAAAUGUCAUCAGACCAGCAGUUUAUGAUUACCUGAUAGUACAUGUAGUAUAAUUUUGUUUUGUAUACCGUCUCGUGCAAAUUUAAUGUUUAUGUUUAUUCUUGCCAAGUAGAAAUCAAGCUUUAGUGACCAA